AUGUUGUGCAGCAGUGCAUUGUGCAGUCGAAAUAUGAAGUGGAUUCUCUGUUUUUUAAGUGUGGUGUUGACCUGCAGAAGUCAACGGCCAGCCUCCUUGCCCUUCGGUUCAGACAGCUUCAGGACUAUAGUGAGGGGACUCAGCACCGCUCCUGGCCGUUCAGCAGUAGUUGACGACAUAAUCAUCCGAUAUUUCAGUACAAAUGUGACGUCACUGAGUUCUUACCGUAUCGCCAACAUCAAGGCGGUGCUGUCAGACCCAGCGUUUGACGUCAAGAAACCAACUGUACUUUACGCUCAUGGCUACGUGGAGCUCCUGACAGACGACAGCUUAAGGACCGUAGUAUCUGCUUACCUUAAACGCGGCGGGUACAACAUACUGGUCCUAGACUGGUCCAAUCUCGCCUUCGGGAACUAUGUCGUCGUAGCCAAGACCUUACCACAUGUGGGAGAAUUCGUUGGCAAAUCAGUAUACAAGUUGGUGAAGCAAGGGUUACCAGUACAGAACCUACACCUGGUCGGCCACUCUCUGGGGAGCCACAUCUGUGCUUACAUCGCGAGGUAUCUCUCGGCGAGAGGAUCUAAAGUACCCAGGUUAACCGGUCUAGACCCAGCGUACCCAGGUUUCUACCCACCUUUAGCAGCACCACCCAUGACUCCAGCAGACGCAGAUUUUGUGGACGUCAUUCACACGGACGGUGGAGGGUAUGGAGCUCCAGACUCCACGGGUCACGCUGACUUCUGGCCUAAUGGGGGGCAGGCCAAGCAACCUGGAUGCUUGUCUGCUACCAUACCUCUUAGCAAUGAAGAUUUUUGCAGUCACUGGCGUUCAUGGGAGUUCUGGUCUGAGUCCCUGCUGAGGGAUGACUUCCUCGCGCGUACGUGUGAGGACUACGACACCUUCCUCCGAGGACAGUGCUCGGAUCAGCCACUUGUAUUUAUGGGGAUACGGUCAACACCGGAUUUGCGUGGCAACUUCUAUUUGAUUACCGGAACGAAGUCACCGUUUGGACUCAACCUGAGAGGAGCUAGCUGA